AUGGGGCCGAGAGGCGCAGCCGCGGUGGCCGUGGGGCUGUGGGUCUUGGUGACGGCGGGCGAGGCGGCGGACCCUGGCGUGACGACACCCCGGCGCUGCCUGCUGUCACACUACCGCUCGCUGGACCCCAGGGCGGUGGCGGCGGUCAAGGCGCUGAGGGACCGCUACGUGAGUGACGCGCAGACCUCUCCACCCGUCCCCGAGGGCCCCCUGCGUCCCAGCGCCCAGCAGGAAUCCCCGCCUUCCCAGCGCUUGGGGAGCGCAGCGAGGAGGCUCAGCCUCACCCCGACCCUUGUCCCACAGGAGGAGGAGACCCUGAGCUGGAGGCCGCGCAACUGCUCCUUUCGCCCAAGGAGGGACCCUCCGCGUCCCUGGUCGUGCGCGCGGCUUCGCCUGGUGGCCCGGGGCCUCGAGGACGCCCAGGCCGUGCUGAGCCGCUUGCGGAGCCCGGAGCGGUUCCCCGGCAUCGGCCCGAUCCUGGAGCUGCUGGCGGCUGCGCGGCGGGACGUGGGGGCCUGCCUCGAGCUGGUCCGGCCAGGCUCCUGGAGGAAGUCCCUCAGGCCACCGAGGACGCGUCCCCAAACACGCAGAGCUGACUCGCCUGGGUGCCACGAAGCCAGCGUCGUCUUCAACCUCCUGCGCCUGCUCACGUGGGACCUGAGGCUGGUGGCAGACUCGGGGCCUUGUCUGUGA